CUUCAUGCCAACUUCAAAUCAAACAAGCUAGAGAAGAAAGAAAAGGAAGCUUAUAUUCAGCACCAAAAGGGUAGGGUUUGGUUUCCAUUUUUUUUCUGAGAAAAUGGGGCGGAGAAAGUUGCCACUCUCAAGGAUAGAAAACCCAGCAGCAAGGCAUACAACCUUUGUGAAACGCCGACAAGGGCUGUUCAAGAAGACACAUGAACUUUCUGUGCUUUGUGAUGCCCAGAUCGCCCUCAUCAUCUUCUCUACCUCUGGAAAGUUGUUCCACUACUGCAGUGAGAGUGAGCCUUCCGGCAUGGAGCACAUCAUAGAAAGGUAUCAGAAUUCAACAGGGACUCAAAAUCCAGAAAACAAUGAUCCCCAGCUGGAGGAAGCCAUGCAUGGCGAAUUGAGAAUGAUGCAAAAAGAAAUCCUGAAUCUUCAAUGGAGUUUGAAACGUUUCACUGGUGAGGACUUGAGUUCCAUAAGAUUUGAGGAUUUAGAUCAACUUGAGCAGCAGCUCCAAUGCUCAGUCAAUAUGGUUCGAGCAAAGAAGUUUGAUCUCUUACAACAGCAGAUGGGUAAUCUUCAGAUGAAGGAGAAAAUGCUUCAAGACGAAAAUGAUCAAAUAUACCAUCUGAUCAAGGAGAAGCAGGCAGCAUUAAUGGAGCAUCAUCGAAUGGGUAUGGUUCCAAACACUGAGGAACAUAGACAUGUGCUUGAACAAUUCCCAUUCUCUGGGGAAGAGCAACCCAGUGGUGUUCUUCAGCUGGCGACCAGGUUGCCUUCAGUUUUUAACCCAUACCAUCUCCUGCCUGCUCAGCCCAACCUUCAAGAUUUCAUGAAUCUCCAUCACCCUAAUCGUCCCUGAGAAUUAGUUUGACAAUGACUCUUCAAAAGGGCCUCCGGUUUCAGGAAGAACGUGGUGACCGACUUCGUGUCAUUUUGGCAUAUCACCAAC